ACAUUUUCUGUUCUUCAUGAGGGUAUAUUAGUGCGUAACGAUUCGCUGAUGGGCAAAAGUUAUUACUGUGCACUUGGCCAAUCACUAUCGCUUUGUCAAAUAUUCAUGCAAAAGUCCCCACCCCUGUUGGCCACCUUCAGCAGUAACUGAACUUCCAGUUGUAGCUUAACAGCUAAUUAGUACGAGUAGCAUCAGUGUUGGUACUUUCACCGCCCUGGUGGGGAAGCCUGUAAGAGGGACGUGCGAGCAAACCUGAGCCGAAUAUCACGGAAAAGUGAAUGCAAAAAGUAAUUGCGGCACUAGUCUGAGGCAGAGAUGGCUUUUAUUGAACUAACGUCCACUGCUGUACGGCUAUAUGAUGAGUGGCUUAAGGAUGGAGACCCCAGGACGCAGGACUGGCUGCUUAUGUCCUCCCCACUGCCUCAGACCAUCAUAAUCUCUGCCUACAUCUACUUUGUGACGUCGCUUGGCCCAAAGCUCAUGGAGAACAGGAAACCUUUUGACCUGAAGAAGGUCCUCCUAGUCUACAACUUCAGUGUGGUGGCCCUCUCUGUCUACAUGUGUUAUGAGUUUGUGAUGUCAGGCUGGGGCACUGGCUACUCAUUCAGCUGCGAUCUAGUGGAUUACUCCCACUCACCACAGGGCAUGAGGAUGGCACAUACCUGCUGGCUUUACUAUUUUUCCAAGUUUAUUGAGAUGCUUGACACUGUAUUCUUUGUGUUGAGGAAAAAGAAUAACCAGGUCACCUUCUUGCAUGUCUUCCAUCACUCCAUAAUGCCGUUUACAUGGUGGUUUGGUGUGAAGUUUGCUCCAGGUGGUCUGGGAACCUUCCAUGCCCUACUGAACUGCAUCGUCCAUGUCAUCAUGUACACGUACUAUGGCCUGUCUGCUUUGGGUCCAGCCUGUGAGAAGUACCUAUGGUGGAAGAAGCACCUGACGACCAUACAGCUGAUCCAGUUUGUGAUGAUCACCACUCAUGGUGCCCAGUACUUCAUACUGGAUUGCCCCUUCCAGUACCCUGUCUUUAUGUACAUUAUUCAGCUGUAUGCCUGGUCUUUCCUCCUACUCUUCCUCAACUUCUGGUAUCAUGCAUACACGAAGGGCAAGAGGCUACCCAAAGUUCUCCAGAAUGCAACCAAGGUAGAGAACAGCAACAACGGCAUCUUCCACAGCAAACGAGAUUAACUUCCGCAUCUUAGAACUGUAAUGAAAUGGCAAUCCAUGAGUCCAGAAAUCGCUCAGCUCUGCUGUUUACUGGGAUACUGGGCACUGACUUUUACAUUUUAAGAAUAUUUAUGUGAAAAGUGUUUAGGCCAAGACAUAGUUAUAUAGUACUGUCAGGUUAGGCAGCAGAUGCAAUGCUGAAAACAGGUUUUAAAAAUCAGGUUUGUGUUUUUAGUCCAGAUAUGCAUCAUCUGGUUUGGGGUUGGAGGAAUCUGAUUGGUCUGCAUGUCUACAAGAUAACUGAGAAAUGUAUUUGUUCAGAUUCUUUUCCUCAACACAUGAACUGAACUCCAUAAUGAAUUUGCUCCACUAACAUUUUUUACUGCACUUAUUUUAUUCUGUAUGUUACACAAAAUUACCACUAGAUCAAUAAGCAUCAGAAUGCAAAGGCAAAAACUCUUCUCAGAAUCUCUCACCAGUUAGAACUUUAUUGGAACUUUACCUUUGGCUGACAAAUCUCUCUUUUGUUUGUUAUAAUUGGAAAACAUUUUUAACAUCUUGUUUCAAUGUUUAUACUUUGGUUUGCUUAGUGUUUUAUCUGAAUUCCUUUCUGUAUUUCCUGACCUUGUAAGGUUUUUAAAAGGUUUUCUAUACCAUGGAAGCUCCUUUCUCAUUCCUCUUGGGGAGAAGGAUGUAGUGAGCAGUGUGAAUGUCCUUGGAGGAGCCGGUGCGGUUAUCUGGACCCAUAUUCUAUACCACCAAACUUUCAGAGUAAAUGAGUACUGAUUUUGGCUUAUCUGGAUAUGAAACAAGACUCUUAAGGAAAGUUGGAUGUAUACAUAAAUGGGUCCAGACUUAACUGUGUUAUUGGUGAAUUGGGACAGGAAUAGCUAUGUCAAGAUUUAAGCAUGUAACUUCCAUGUUCAGUUUAGUGCUCUCAUGAUUGUCCUUGGAUGUGUUUGUCCAAGACAGGAAGCCACAUCAGUUUUUAUAUGCAACAAACCAAAUAUGUGAAUUGAAUGUUUUAAAAAUGCAUAUUUAUGUGAAAAUAAAACCACUACGCACUGUUAAAUUGGU